GCUGCGAGGCAUGACGGAUGCCACGUGAUGAAAACAACAUAUUUGAAAACUUUACGGAAUCGUCUGCUUAUUCCGCAUGUCUGUGAAUAUCGUUAAUAUUGAUAGUUAUUACUUGUUUAUUAUGUCUUACUAUAUCGCCAAAUUUAUGAAAUAUGUUAGGUCACCAAAAAAAUUAUUUAUUUCCGUAGCAAUGUUUUUUUACCGGUGGUUUACUGGAUAUUUUAUGGAUAAAGUAUUUAACUUCACUUAUGGAUUCGGAAGAAAAUCUUCUACUCUGCCUCCUGUAAAAAAUCCAUUAUUAUUGGAUUCUGCUAUUAAUUUGGCAACCAAAAUUAGAACCCGGCAGGUAAGCUGUGUAAAUGUGGUAAGAGCUUACAUUCAGAGGAUGGAUGAAGUGAACCCAUUGAUAAAUUCUAUAGUUGAUGACAGAAACACUGAGGCUCUCCAAGAGGCUAGCCUUAUCGAUGAUCUGGUGUUUUCGGGAGAAAAAACUAUGGAGGAACUAGAAACAGAAAUGCCAUUACUAGGAGUUCCGUUGAGUGUUAAGGAAGCAAUAUGUGUGAAAGGUAUGCUUUUUACGACAGGCGUUGUUAGAAGGCGUGGAAUCAGAGCAAAAGAAGACGCAGACGUAAUAACCCUAUUGCGAAAAGCUGGCGCUAUUCCAAUAGUUGUGACAAAUACAAGUGAACAGUGUUUUUGGAUGGAAACUUAUAAUAAUCUAUAUGGACGAACUAAUAAUCCAUACGAUCUUAAGAAAACAGCUGGAGGAAGCAGUGGAGGAGAAGCAGCUCUUCUUGCAUCAGCUGGAUCAGUAAUAGGAGUUGGCAAUGAUAUUGGCGGUAGUAUUCGAAUGCCAUCAUUUUUUUGUGGCGUGUUUGGCCACAAACCCUCAAGAGGAAUCAUUCCAAACCGAGGACAUUUUCCACCAACUGAGCAAGUAUUGCAGCAAUACAUUGGAACUGGUCCAAUGUGUAGAUACGCUACCGAUCUCAAAGUGAUGCUUCAAGUUAUGGCUGGAGCUAAUGCUCCUUUAUUACAACUAGAUAAGAAGGUUACUCUUAAAUCUUUAAAAAUAUAUUAUAUGGAAGACAACGGUGACGGAAGUUUCUCCCUCCCUGUUAAACAGGCUGUUAAGAAUGCUCUGCAGAAAGUUAUUUCUCACUUUCGAAAGAUCUGUGAUGUGCCACCUCAGAAGGUCAACAUACGUGGUCUCAAGCAUGGUUUCAAAGUUUGGGCUCACGCCGUCUCCGCAGGAGUUGUGGAUGUAGCAACAGUAGAAUCUCGAGUAUUCGGCGAAGAUUGCAACAGCAGCGUUUGGAAAGAAUUCAUCUUCAGUCUGUUUGGAUGGUCCGACUAUUCCUUUCCUAUAUUAGCAACAGUAUUGGUAGAGAAAUAUCUUGGGCCAAAAGAAAAAUCAGUUGCCGAACCUUUCAUUCGCAUUCAGAGACGAAUGGAAACAGACUUUCAGAGACUGCUUCAAGAUGAUUGCAUUUUCAUCAUGCCAACUAUGCCUGAGCCUGCUGCUCACCACUAUGCCAACACGUUCAGAGCUCAGAACUGUGGUUAUGUGGCAGUCUUCAAUAUUCUUGGCUUACCCGCUACUAACUGUCCUGUUGAGCUGGAUGAAAAGGGGAUGCCGGUUGGUGUGCAAGUCAUAAGUGGUUUGAGAAAUGACUAUCUGAAUUUAGCGAUUGCUAGAGAAAUCGAGAGAGAAUUUGGAGGCUGGACGUGUCCUGGUCCUAUUAUAUGAGAUUAAACUUCAAACUGUUCCUUUUCCAAGUGGUUAUUUGAGAUUAUACUGUUUUUAAAACGGGUGAAAAAUUAACAGUUUUACCUGAUGUUUUGACUCAAACAAGAUAUAAAGAAUAAUGCUUAUUCAUUGAAUUUUGUAAUAGUAUUUUGCGAAAAGAAUGCUUUAAUGUUUUUUUUUUAAUUUCAAAAAGACUUAAUGUCUUACUUCAGAUAUAUGCACAGUGUGUCUUGAAAUUUCAUAUCUUAGAGGGAUGGUUAAGAACAUAGUUAGUAAUCUCGAAAAUACGUUAACAUCACGCGGCACACUGACUCAAAAUCACAGUUAUAAGACCAGGAUACGAAAUGUCAUGUUAAACGCUUUAAAACACAGUAAACAGAGUGCUAUGUAUGUAACUGACCAACUUUAUAAAUUUUAUUUCAAAUUGCACUUUUUGGAAUAGAUGAUGCCAAUUUUUUAUCUUUUUGAGGAGGAUUUUCCAAGUGAUAGUAAAAUUAAAAUUAAACUAAAGUCAUUUGCUGAAAUAUAUUUAUUUGUUCGUAACAGCUUCUACUCCUCCUAGUCCGAGUAUUUUGUUUUUUCUGGUCACCUGUGCUGCGAAGCUGCCUCUAUCCCUUUCAUCAUGGAAUUUUAACACUGUUUUAGGUUGGACAAAGUAAAUAGCUGGCAGUGGGGUUGCUUUUAACAUAUUUCAUGCACUUUGCUUGAAUACCAACACCUCCUCGUAUGAUUAUUUUACUUUUAUAUGCAGCGGUAACCAAAAUACUUUUAAAUUAAAUUUAUAAACUCAAGAAAUAAAUAGAAAGCAUAAAUUUUGCAAUAGUUUAAGUAUGAAAUUGAAAUUUUACGCAAAAGUUGGCCGUUAUUCACAUAUAUGACAUGUUUGGCUAUACAAAUGUAUGACAUUGAGACCGCCCCUGACGAAGUUGGAAGCUCACACUCAGCGCUUGAUUAUGUCCGUGUUUUCAUAAAUUAUUAUUGUUCCCCAACCUCCCUUUUAUAUUUUUAUAUAAAGUUUAAUACAUAAAAUAUCUUCAACAAAAAAAACUCAAAAAAUAAUUUUAAGUUUUGGGACAAUUUUAUAUACUUAGUUCUCUGUAAUUUAUGUUACAUCGUCUAUUUAACUAGUCACAUAAUUUUGUAUUUACUGUUUUGAGAUUCAUUAAGCAAAUGCAAGUUUAUCUGUUCAUGUAUAAUUGUUUAAAAAAAUAAAUGUGUCAAUUAUAUUCCCACAUGUUCAAUAUCUAAAACUAC